AUGACUCUAGCUAAAAACAAGUUAGAUUAAAACCUAUUGGAGGAAAGGAUUAGAAAAUCAAUUUAACAAAAAAGUAGGGUAAAGAAAUAGAUUCAUUUUAAUCUUUUUACUCUAAUUACCAUUAGUUUUUUAUAAAGUGCUUCAGUUUCAAUUAUCGUACCUUUCUUUCCACCCUUAGCAACCAAAGAAGGUGCUCCUUUAAUUUGUAAAGGAUUAGUUUUAGGUAUCAAUCCUAUUGGCAGCUUUCUUUAUUCUUUCAUAUCUGGGAAAAUGCUGAAUUUGUUAGGGUAAAAGAAUGUAUUUUGCUUGGGUAUAAUUAUUUAGUCAAUAUCAAUAUCAACUUUUGGUGCUCUAUACAAUUUGAAUGAUGAUGCCAUUUUUAUUUGUAUUUGCUUUUUUUCUAGGUUAAUUCAAGGUUUCUCUAGAGCUGCUAUAAGUUCUUCUUUCGUAACAUAUAUACCAUAAAUAUGGCCAGAAGAAUUCUAAAUUAAAGCAAGUUUGAUAGAGAGAGUAGGCGCUUUAGGUACUCUAUUAGGUCCUGGUAUUGGAUAAGUAUUUUAUACAUUCCUUGGACACUAAAUGCCAUUUUACAUUCUUAGCUUUAUUUUUUUAUGCAGCUUACUUACAUUAAAAUGGCUACCUUCAAAUAUAAAAAUAAAUAAUUCAGUUGAUACAAGCUAGUAUUAUAGAUAUUUAUCAGAUAAAACUAUUUUGGCUACUUUUUUAGUUAUUGUUGGUAUUUCAACUGCUUAGUCUUUUAUAAUACCACUCUAUGCAGUGCAUAUAGAAGGAUUAGGAUUAACUGAUGAUCUCAUGGGAUAUUUUUUUUCAGUUAGCUCGUUUUUUUAUAUAGUUUUUUUAUUCUUAAUGCCUAGAAUUUAAAAGUAUAUUAACAGAAAGCUUUUUUUAACUUUUGGAAUACUAAUAGCUGCUAUAGGAAUUGAAUUUUAAGCACCUGAAAAUUUAAUUGAAUCAUUAUUUGGAAUAAAUUUAAAAAAAUGGUAUCUUGUAACUAUUGGUUAAUGUAUUAUUAAUAUUGCUUCUUCUAUGUGUAUUUUACCUAUGGUUCCUGAAUUAAAUCAACUAAUUAUUGAUAAAGAAACGAAAGAGAGAUAAGUUUCUGUUCUAGAUACAAAUCUUAUAAAAACAUUUAGUGGAAUGGCUUCAAGAAUUUUUAUAUUAGGCUCUUCAUUAGGAUUAUUUAUUGGACCUUUUUCAGCUGGUAUCCUUUACUCAUCAUUUGGUGGUUAAGACAUAAAUGAAUAUAAAAAUACUUCUAGGUGUAUAGCUGGCUUUUAAUUUGUUAUUUUUGUGAUAUAUUUGAUAUUAGGAGAAUCAUACAAAGGUUUUAUUUAACAAAAAAAAUUAAUUAAAACUUUUAUAAGAAAGUCAUAAAAAUUUAAUGAAAAUUUGCUAAACAGUAAACACAAAAGCACCCUCAAAAGCUAAAAUAAAGAUAGCAAAAAAUAAAGUGGAAAGAACUCUGUACAAGUAAUGGGUGAGUAAAGCAAUUUAAAUAAUAAUAAUUAAGAAUAUUAAUCAGUUGUUAUUUAAGAACACAAUUAAAAUGCUAGUCAAUUUUUGUAUUAAAAUCCUAAUGAUGUAUCAGAUAUUCUUCUCUCUGAUAAUGAAGAUGAAAGUGAUUUCUUAUCAUUUGGACAAGAAUUAUCUGAUGAGUGUACUAACAAUGAAUAUACUGAAAACUAAGCUGAGAAAUUAGAUGAAAAUUGA